AUCGCUGUUUGACCCCGGAAGUGCUUUUUGGAAGCUGUCACCGUGGACCGCGGUGGCUGCUGCCGCGGCACAUCCCCUGUAGUAGAGCCGCCGAGGAGAGUCACGCAGCACAAUGCCAGCUCUGCCCCUGGACCAACUCCAGAUCACGCACAAGGACCUGAAGACAGGAAAGCUGAGGACUUCACCAGCGCUGCACCCUGAGCAGAAGGCAGACCGGUAUUUUGUGUUAUACAAACCGCCCCCUAAAGACAACAUUCCCGCCCUAGUGGAGGAGUACCUGGAACGCGCCACCUUCGUAGCCAAUGACCUCGACUGGCUCCUGGCCUUGCCUCACGAUAAAUUCUGGUGCCAGGUUAUCUUCGAUGAGACCCUGCAGAAGUGCCUGGACUCCUACCUGCACUAUGUCCCCAGAAAGUUUGAUGAGUGGGUGGCCCCAGCCCCCGAGGUUGUUGACAUGCAGAAGCGCCUCCAUCGAAGCGUUUUUCUCACCUUCCUCCGAAUGUCCACUCACAAGGAAUCCAAAGAUCACUUCAUUUCCCCCUCUGCAUUUGGAGAAAUCCUCUACAAUAACUUCCUGUUUGACAUCCCAAAGAUCCUGGACCUCUGCGUGCUCUUUGGAAAAGGCAACUCACCGCUGCUCAAGAAGAUGAUAGGAAACAUCUUUACCCAGCAGCCAAAUUACUAUAGUGACCUGGAUGAAACCAUGCCCACCAUCCUUCAGGUCUUCAGCAAUAUCCUCCAGCACAGUGGUUUGCAAGGGGACGGGGCCAGCGCCACACCACAGAAGCUUGAAGAGAGGGGCCGGUUGACCCCCAGUGACAUGCCCCUCCUGGAAUUAAAGGACAUUGUUCUCUACCUUUGUGAUACCUGCACUACACUCUGGGCCUUUCUGGAUAUCUUCCCUUUGGCUUGCCAAACCUUCCAGAAACACGACUUCUGUUACAGACUUGCUUCCUUUUAUGAAAUAGCAAUUCCUGAGCUGGAGUCUGCAAUUAAGAAGAGGAGGCUUGAAGACAGCAAGCUGCUAGGUGACCUAUGGCAGAGGCUAUCCCAUUCCAGAAAGAAGCUACUGGAGAUUUUCCAUACCAUCCUGAACGAAAUCUGCCUUCUCCCUGUACUAGAAAGCAGCUGUGACAGCAUCCAGGGCUUCAUUGAGGAGUUCCUUCAGAUCUUCAGCUCUUUGCUGCAGGAGAAGAGGUUCCUCCGGGACUAUGAUGCACUCUUCCCAGUGGCUGAUGACGUCAGCUUGCUGCAGCAGGCCUCGUCAGUCUUAGAUGAGACACGGACUGCCUACAUCCUCCAGGCGGUUGAGAGUGCGUGGGAAGGGGUGGACCGACGGAAAGCCACAGGUGCUAAGGACCCACCCAUGGCCGAGGAUUUCAAUGGGGUUGUGCCAGCAGCGGGACCAGGCAGUGGAACGGCAUCGCAGCUGGAGAACUCGGAGCAAGUGGAGCUCUCUCCACAGUGCUUGGGGGCAGCUGCUGCCCCGGGCCCCGCUGUGUGCGGUGUGGAGCUGGACUCCCUCAUCUCCCAAGUGAAGGACCUGCUCCCAGACCUCGGGGAGGGCUUCAUCCUGGCCUGCCUGGAGCACUACGGCUAUGACCCGGAGCAGGUGAUCAACAACAUCCUGGAGGAGCGGCUGGCCCCUGCCCUCAGCCAGCUGGACCGAAGCCUAGACAGACAGGUGAAGCCAGACCCAACGCCUCUGCUGACUUCUCGGCACAACAUCUUCCAGAACGAUGAGUUUGACGUGUUCAGCAGGGACUCGGUGGACCUGAGCCGGGUACACAAGGGCAGGAGGAAGGGGGAGAGCACACGGAGCCUGCUGAAUGACAAGCGGGAGGUGGCGGCUCAGCGGCAGCGCUAUGAGCAGUAUAGUGUGGUGGUGGAAGAGGUGCCACUGCAGCCAGGUGAGGGCCUGUCCUACCAUGGUGAUGACUAUGAGGACGAGUAUGAUGACACGUACGAUGGCAACCAGGUGGGUGCCAAUGAUGCCGACUCCGAUGAUGAGCUCAUCAGCUGCAGGCCCUUCACCAUCCCUCAAGUGCUAAGAACCAAAGUGCCCGUAGAAGGGCAAGAGGAGGAUGAGGAGGAGGAGGAGGAUGAAGCUGAAGAGGAGGCCCCCAAGCCCGACCACUUUGUGCAGGACCCUGCGGUGCUUCGGGAGAAAGCAGAAGCCAGGCGCAUGGCCUUCCUCGCCAGGAAGGGGUACCGGCAUGACAGCUCGACAGCGGUGGCCGGCAGCCCUCGGGGCCACGGGCAGAACCGCGAGACGACCCAGGAACGCAGGAAGAAGGAAGCUAACAAGUCCACACGAGCCAAUCACAACCGGAGGACCAUGGCCGACCGCAAAAGAAAUAAAGGCAUGAUUCCAUCCUGAAGCCGCCACGCCAGGGCCAGGUGGGAGGCAGCAGUGCCAGGCCCACCAGGCUGCAAUUUCUAUGGCCCGAGGCCUCCUCACCAGGACCCCAAGUUCAACUCGACCCCUCGACAACCUCAGCAUUGCAGCCCCUGAGAAGGCCGCCUCGUUGUCCACCUGCUAAGUGUGAGCACCUUCGUCAGAACACACAGUGCCUUAUCCCACAGCAGAGGAGUCCAUGGGGCCAGCAAGCAGGCAAAAGAGAUGGGGACAGAGCCCCAAGGCAAACCUCUUGCAGCAAGAUACCACUCCCCUUUUUCUCUGGACACCAGGAAACCUGUAUAUUCAAAAACAAAAACAACAAAAGGCCUGCAAAUAAAGCGUUUAACCCUCGUAA